GGGAGGGAGGAGCCAGGAGGCGCCCUCGCCUGGUUGGCCUAGGAGCUUCGCUGUUCCGACGUGAGCUGUCUAGUGGAUCUCGGAUGAGUGGAUCUCCGAUGAGAGCUAGUGGAUCUCCCUCAGCUCAGACGCGAUCUCAGAAACGCAGAGCGCGCGCCCAGUAGGACGCAGCACCGGAGAAGUCUGUCUCCUUGCAGUUGCCCCGUCGCACAGCUGCACCGAGGUGGCUGAGGUCCCUGGCGCUGUGCAGAGCAGAAAAAAGAUCCUCGUUGCUUCUUCCACUGGCACUUCCGUAACAACCAGGAGAGAAAUUCACCUUUUUGGUGUCGGGGCUCCUUUUCGUGGGCUCCACUGGGACUUUGUUCAAAGUCAACAAAAGCUGUCAUUGGAGUCCCUGACCCUGGGGCGACCAGGCGGGACAGAGGCAAGACGCCGUGAGUCAGCGCGCCCCGCUAGGCGCCGCCCCGGACCGGGACGGUGCCACAAAAAAGGCGCAGCCGGGGCGGAGUCGCCGCGGGCGGGUCCUGCGCACUUCCCGGGCUGGCCGGGCUGACGGCUCGGUGGGCAGACGUGGGCCAUGGCCGGCGAGGCGGCGGGGCCGGGGGCCGAGCCGCUGGCCUUCCCGCAGUGCUGGGACCCGAGCGCGCCGCGCCUUGCCCGCGGCUACGGCCAGCGCAGCCUGCGCGAGCUGCGCGAGAGCGAGUUCGGCCGCCUGGCAGAAACUAUCUAUCUUGACCAUGCAGGAGCCACCUUGUUCCCCCAAAGCCAGCUCACAAACUUUACUAAGGAUCUCAUGGAAAAUGUUUAUGGUAAUCCUCACAGCCAGAGCAUCUCAAGCAAGCUCACCCAUGACACUGUGGAGCAGGUGCGUUACAGGGUUCUGGCACACUUUCACACCACGCCCGAGGACUAUAGCAUGGUUUUCACAUCCGGGAGCACAGCUGCCCUCAAACUGGUGGCAGAAGCCUUUCCUUGGGUGUCCAGAGGCCCAGAGAACAGCAAGAGUCAGUUCUGUUACCUCACUGACAACCACACCUCUGUGGUAGGCAUGAGGAAGGUUGCCGAGGCCAUGGACAUCACAUCCACUGCAGUCAGCCCGGAGGACAUGCGGGCAGCCGAGGAACGGGGUGCUGUGGCCUGUGACCCUGACUGCCAGCUUCCACACCUCUUCUGUUACCCAGCCCAAAGUAACUUUUCGGGAACUAGAUAUCCCCUCUCCUGGAUAGAGCAGGUCAAGUCUGGGCGGCUGGGCCCUGUGGAUGUGCCUGGGAAGUGGUUCGUGUUGCUGGAUGCAGCCUCUUACGUGAGCACCUCCCCUUUGGACCUGUCGGCUCACCAGGCAGACUUUGUCCCCAUCUCCUUCUACAAGAUCUUCGGAUUCCCCACUGGUUUGGGUGCUCUGCUGAUCAAUAAUCGCGUGGCUCCAUUACUGAGGAAAAGCUACUUUGGAGGUGGGACCGCCGCUGCCUACCUUGCGGGAGAAGACUUUUACGUCUCGAGGCCUUCGGUGGCUGAAAGGUUUGAAGACGGCACCAUCUCAUACCUUGAUGUGAUAGCAUUAAAGCAUGGAUUUGAUGCCCUGGAGCGCCUCACAGGUGGCAUGGAGAAUAUUGCACAGCACACCUUCACACUGGCUCGGUACACCUAUGCCACCCUGUCAUCUCUUCGCUACUCAAAUGGAGCCCCAGUGGUGCAGAUUUACAGUGACUCUGAGUUCAGCAGCCCUGAAGUUCAGGGUCCAAUCAUCAAUUUUAAUGUGCUGGAUGACAGCGGGAACAUCAUUGGUUACUCCGAGGUGGACAAAAUGGCCAGCCUGUACAACAUCCACCUGCGAACUGGCUGCUUCUGUAACACAGGGGCCUGCCAGCGGCAUCUGGGCAUAAGCAACGAGAUGGUCAAGAAGUAUUUUGAGGCUGGUCAUGUCUGUGGAGACAAUAUUGACCUUGUAGAUGGGCAGCCCACCGGCUCUGUGAGGAUUUCCUUCGGGUACAUGUCCACAUUUGAGGAUGCCCAAGCAUUUCUCAGGUUCAUCAUAGCCACUCGCCUGGGCUCACCAGGUGACCAGCAUGUCCCUCAGGCUAGCACUGAGGAGGCCAGAACCCCAUCUGCAGAGGGGAAAGUGCAGGACAUGCUCACUGCCGCUGGAAGAGAUUGUAUCUCACUUCAGAAAGGCAUGGACUCUGGGGUUUGGAACAACUCCAGCUCCACUAUGAAUACCAUGAGUUUGUGCCCCACUCUGAGCAAGACCACCAACACCCAGCAGACUCCUACAGAGGAAGCUGCAGGCAUCCUGCCUGGGGACCUUGGGCCACACAGUGUCACCAACCUUUACCUCUAUCCCAUCAAGUCCUGUGCUGCAUUUGAGGUGACCAGGUGGCCCGUAGGAAACCAAGGGCUGCUGUAUGACAGGAGCUGGAUGGUUGUGAACCACAAUGGCAUUUGCCUGAGUCAGAAGCAGGAGCCAAGACUCUGUUUGAUCCAGCCUUUCAUCAACCUGCAGCAAAGGAUCAUGGUCAUCAAAGCCAAAGGGAUGGAGCCCAUAGAGGUGCCUCUUGAGGAAGAUAAUGAACGGAUUCAGAUUUGCCAAAGCAGAGUCUGUACAGACAGGGUAAAUACAUAUGAUUGUGGAGAAAAAAUUUCGAGCUGGUUGUCCAAGUUUUUGGGCCGUCCCUGUCAUUUAAUCAAACAAAGUUCAAACUUGCAACGAAAUGCAAAGAAGAAACAAGGAAAAGAUCAGCCUGUUGGCAUAACAGCCACCCUUUCCUUGGUGAAUGAGGCACAGUACCUGCUAAUAAACACAUCGAGCAUUCUGGAACUUCAUCAGCACUUGAACACCAGUGAUGAGAAUGGAAAGGAGGAAUUAUUUCCAAUGAAAGAUCUCAUCUCACGUUUCCGGGCCAAUAUCAUCAUGAGUGGAACAAAAGCAUUUGAAGAAGAGAAAUGGGAUGAGGUCUCAAUUGGUCCCUUGCAUUUCCAGGUUAUGGGGCCUUGUCAUAGAUGCCAGAUGAUUUGCAUCAACCAGCAGACUGGGCAACUAAACCAAGACGUUUUCCAAAAACUUUCUGAGAGUCGCACAAGAAAGGUGAAAUUUGGCGUGUACCUGAUGCAUACCUCUUUGGAUUCAUCUUCUCCAUGUUUCCUGUCUGUGGGAUCCCAAGUGGUCCCUGUGCUGAAAGAGAAUGCAGGACACCAUGAUUGACUUCCUUCUGACAAAUAACAGGAUCUUGUCUGCUAAAAUAUUUUUUCCAAAAUGCAUUAAAGUUUCCCUUUUCUGAUGACUUCCACUGUUAUAAAGAUCAGAAUACAUUUGGUCUUUGAAGCAGGGCGGUUCUUCUCCUUUGGAAGUAGAGCACACUCUCCUCUGGUUCUGCUGACUUCUCUCUCAAGUUUGCACUGGCCAUGCCAGAGGAGCAAUUCCAAGGCCUCAGGAUUCAGUGCUGUGUCCCACCCAGCGAGGCUCCCAUAUGAAUCUGAAUUAUGAUUAGUUGUGUUCAGAUGAGAUUUUGUGUGGUGUGAGGUGGAGUCUCACUAUGAUGGGGUCUGGCCUUGAAUCCUGGGACUUAAGUGAGCCUCUUGCCGCAGCAUCUCUAGUAGCCAUGACUACAGGCGUGCACCAGCUUCAGAUGGAAUUUUGAAUGAAGCUCACUGGGACUGUUUAACCAAGUACAGGUUUUUAAGUUUUUUAUUUGGCCAUUUUUUCCCAAAUCUUUAGGAUCUUUCCAGCCCCUUCCUGUGGAGGAAGGGAGUCUGUGCCUACUGAUUUUUUUUUUAAAGACAGAAUCUGUCUGUGUAGUACAAGAUGAUCUUGAAGUCACUAUUUAGCACAGACUGGCCUCAAAUUCAUGGAGUGCUGGGAUUACAGGCAUGAGCCAUGCACAUGCCCACUGAUCCUGAUGGUAUGAGAAGGUGGUGUUCUCUUCCAGUGUACUUGGUCUGGAUGGGUUUGUGCACAGAGUCCUGGACUUAUGACUGUAUUCCUAGAGGGGCAUUUCCACCUGGAUAUUUAUAUUCUGAACAAAAGCAUGAACCAGCAAACCCCUCCCCUUGUUUCCUGUCUUUUGACCCUUUCUGAGUUGGCACACCGAGGUCUGCUUACAAGCCUGAAGUCACACUCAGCACUGGCUGAUGUAAGCAGUUGUCCUUCCUUCCACAAGCCCACUGACUGCUGUUGACCAGCUGCCCAAGUGCCUCUCCAUCAGUCCAGAGAGGAGCCCUGGAGUUCAGGGGUGCCAUCUGCACCACCUCUGAUCAGGGCUCCUGAAGUUGAAAUGUUGAGUGCUCAAGCUCACUCUCUAAUGAAGCGCUCCGUCCCAUGGAGUUUCUAGAAUGUUUCUAGCUUGGAUCUGCCUCCUGGGACUCCCAGCGCUGUCUCAGGAGAAAUGAAGAGGGAGCAUGUCCACACUGCCAGUGUCCUCCUGAAGUGUGUGGUCCAUGUGUGAACCCACUCCUUCUGCACCUGCAGCCUGGAUUGUCUGCCGCUCUUCCCCAGGCCCCUGCCUGCCACUGCCCACGGCACCAUGGUGUCCCUGCUGCUCUGUUGUUUCCCACACCAGGCUCAGGAUUCCUGGCUCAUCUGUUCAGAGCUCAUGGGAUUUGGAGUCAGUCUGUUGCAUCUUCUCAUUUGUAGGACCUUACAUUGUUCCUCGCACCCUGUGGGGUGAAUAUGCACUGUUCUCCAGGAUUGCUGAAAGGAGCUGUGCUUUGUACCCUCAUUUGGUGUGAGGAAUUAAGUGGAAGAAGUAAGCUCCAAUUCAAUGGUUCCUGAGUUCAGGAAAGAGGAGGCAAAUGCACACUGCAACAAGGUCCAAGACCUUGUGUUGAAAGGUGUGGCCCACUGAAUAUGAUGGAAGCCACGUCAGAAACAUGUUCUGCAAAAAUGAGACUGCCCACAUCAUCAGCAUAUUGUCAGGUACCAAAGACUAAAAAAAAUUGUAAACUUUCACUCAUGUCACCUUUUUGUAGCAUGACUUGUACUUGUGUGACUGGUUUCAGACAGUUCAAUGUAAACUCUCUCUUCAAAGCACAAUUGUAUAAUUAUCUACUUAUAAUUAUUGAUUUCAUACCAAUCUGUCUCUACUAAACUGUAAGGUCCAUCAGAUCAGGACUUGUUCCUGUUUGGGUCAGGUAAUAGGUGCUCAGUAAAAUUUGUUGCCUAAGAAAAGCUGGCUGAGUAAUUUAAUUCAUCAACUAAGCUUACUUGUUCUAUUAAUUUGAAUUAAACUGCCAUAGUUUGGAUCUGAUAAGUCCCUCAAAGGCUAAUACGUUAAGGACUUGGUCUCCAACAUGGUGUUGUUGGGAAGUGGUGGGAACUUUGGGAGGCAGGUCUACAGGUCCCUGGAAGCGUCAGCCUGUGGAGGAGAUUAUGGGGCUGUGGCCCCUUCCUUACAUUUGGCUCCCUGGCUGUGAGGCGAGGGACUUCGCUCUACCAAGCAUUUCUCCCAUGAUGUGCUCCCUUGCCAGAGGCCCAAAGUAUCAGGGACAACCAACUGCGGACCAUAACCUCCAAAACUCUGAGCCAAAAUGAAUCUUAGGUGGGGGAUUUAGCUCAGCGGCAUAAGCGCCUUCCUUGCAAGUGUGCGGUCGUGAGUUCGAUCCCUGGUACCGAUAAAAAUGAAAAAGACCAAAAAAAAAAAAAAAACCUAUAAGACAAAAUGAAUCCUUUUCUCUUCAUAAGUUGGUGAUCUCAGGUAUUUGUUACAGUAACUGAAAGCUCAGUGACACACAGACCCAACCCACAAUGGAAGCUUCACACAGGAGGCAUGUUUGGUGAAGGUCAUCUCGGAGGGUGUAAAGGCACAGGUUAGCACACUGGCAAAGGCUUGGCUUGAGAAGUGCUGCCCAUGAAAACCGACACAUUAAAAUCUUCUGUGUGGUGAGAAGGGCCAAUGAAAAGCCUGACUUGCAAGGGUCAAACAUUAUGUCAGGUGUGGGAGGCCGAGGCAGGAGGAUGUCAAGUUUAAGCCCAGCCUGGACAAAUUACUGACUUAGUGAGACCCUGUCUCAAAAUGAAAAAGGGUUGGGGAUUUGGUCAUAGUUCACUGUGAAGGCCUUGGGUUCAAACCCCACUAUUGCUACUACUAAUACUACUGAUACUACACACACUCACACACACACACACACACACACACACACACACACACACACACACAGUCCAAGAGUCAAAAGUUAGUGGUGGAAAAUAUCCACAAAUGAAAUUAAAUCAAAGAGGAAUAAUGAGAUAGAAAGCAAUAAAAUGCAAGGUUGAGAAAGUUCACAUAAGACACUGAGGAAGCAAAGCACAAGGUCAUGGAGUCCAGGAGAGGAGGGCUCCUGAGUAGGAGCUGCCGAGGACGAGGCUGCAGUGAGCGCUGGCGGGACCUGACCAGGUUGAGCUGUGGGACGCUGUUCCCAUGCACUUUGUCCUGCAAGUCUGGGAACCCUGAGAAUUGUGGGUUCAGCUUUCCAGAGGAGGAAUCUGAGAUUCAAAGUGUUGAAGGAAUUUACACAAAUCUGUGUUACUGGUAAAGACAAAAGUGUCAGCCUGUGCAUGUAAAAUUAUACUGCUUGUUUCUAAUUUUUUAUUGCUGCUGUAAAGAAAUAUGACAUUUUAGUGUGUUGAUCUUAUAUCUGCAACUUCGCUAAACUACUGGUUUGUCCUAUGCAUUUUUAAAAAAGAUUUCCUUGGAUUUUUUGACUACGCAAUCAUGUUAUCAGUGAAUAUAUAUAAUUUUUUUCUUUUGAAUCUCCAAAGUUUAUUACCUUUUCCUGUCUUUUUGCUCUGGCUAUAAUCUCUAGAACUAUAUUGAAUAAAAGUGGGCAGUCUUGCCUUUUCCCAAUUUGGGCAGUACAGGUAUUCAGCCUUUCACUAUUAAGAUGAUUUAGUUGUAGAGUUCUUCUAGUUCUGUUUGUGUGUUUGUUUGUUUUGAGACAGGGUCUCGCUAUGCAGUUGAGCUCAGGACAGUCCUCCUGCCUCAACCUCAUGAGUGCUGGAAUUAUAGGUGUGCAUCACUGUUCCUGGCUUCUAGUUCUUUACUGGGUCAAAAAAGUUCCCUUCUGUUGCUGGGCUGCUGAGUAUUUUAUUUUUGUUAUGAAUUUUUACUUUACAGCAUCCACUGGUGUGACUAUCUGGAUUUUCUUCUGUGCAUGGUUAUUACUAUGGAAGAUUGCACUAAUUUGAUUUCCAGAUAUUGAAACUUACAUUUCUGAAUAAGCUCCAUUGGUCCUAAUAUAUUUUUGUUUUUAUGUAGUCCUAGGUUUGAUUUUUUAAAUAUUUUGUUGAGAUCUAUGUUCAUAAGAAUAUUAGUCUGUCAGACAUGGUGGCAUACCUUCUAAAAGCAAAACAAAAUAAUAAAAUAAAAAUGAUA